AUGAGAUCCUUUUACUUCAGUGUUAACGGAAGUGAAAAGAGACCAAGAACAUUUUCCACGAAAGCGUUUUUGUUGUUAUUUAGACGUUUAACACCAUGGAACUUAAAAUAUGACUAAUUUAACUGCACAACAUUACAUUAGUUAUCUCAGGUAGUGUUUAAUUCGCAUUGGAGUCAGGACUUGGUUGAUAGCUAGCAAGCGCGUUACCUAGACUAGCGAUACCUAGAACGUCUAACUGCUAACAAUGGCUAACUGUAUGAUUUUUCACACUCAAAUAGCCUCCAUUAUGGAGGUGCUAGCAAAUGCAGCCGUGGCAGACAUCUGUAAACUCGUAGACGACGACUAUGCAGUGUUUCGUUUGGAAAUAACUCAAAGCCAGAAAGAAAACAGGGCAUUGCGGAGGAAACUGGAAAUGAAGGUGACACGGGAGCGCGCAGAGAGGACAAUGCGAGAGCGCGUCCCCGCCAGUCCCAGUCGUGUCAAGAUCCUCGACCGAUACAGAGGAAUGGCAAGAGGUGAAGGACAUCUCACUGGAGGCCACAGGAGCUUUGUGAAGCCAGCAGGACACAACACAUGGAGAGAUGACCAACCAAUCACUGUUGAUGAGGGGAGUGGAGCCUCAACCCAGCACGUUAUCGUGAUAGAGUCAGAAGAUGCAGAGGCUGCAGGUCCUGGGGUCAAGCUGGAGGGGUCUGAAGGAGAGGAGGACCCAUGGCACAGCAGAGUCAUCCAGACUGGAGCAGCAUCUGGUGCGCCCCCUGUCGCCACGGAGGACCCCACCUCCCCUGCCCAGCCCAGGAUCCGACACUGCAUCACGGAGGAGGAGGAGGGUCCAGAGGUGCUGCUGGUAAAGGAGGAGGGGUGUGAGGAGGGUCUGGGGAACCCUGAGGGGAACAUGGUCAUGGAAGACAACCAGACUACACCUCCUCCUGAACCCACAGAGGAACAAGCUGAGCAGCACAGGACCAAACACAGUCCCACUGAGUCAGUAGACAUGGAGGAUGGGAAGCCUGAUCUGCUGCUGGUCAAAGAGGAGACAAUAGAAGAAAUGUUCUCUGCCAUGUUUGUAAAGUCUAUUUUCGAACCUCUUCCUGCAGGUGGUUGGCUGGAGGCUAACAGAGGAGACUGGGAGGCCAUCUUGGAUUCCCAGACCGGUGAAGCCAAGGGCCUGGGGCCGACAUCACUGAGAAGGCCAGGACCAGAGACCUCAGACAAUGCCAGUGCCUCAACACUAAAUACCUACACAAGCCCAUUGACAAAUGACAAUAGUAGUAACGCUAUCAGUAGAUCCGGUGGCAAAGAGAAGCGCUUCCUGUGUUCGUUCUAUGAGAAAGCCUUCAGUUUCACCAAACAGCUGGAGAUCCACCAGAGGAUGCACACGGGGGAGAAAGAAUUUGGCAGCCGCCUGUGUGAGAACAGGCUCUCCAACCAGUAG